CAGUCUCCUGGGCUGCAGUCCAGUACUAGAGUGAGUGGUUUUUGGCUAUAGUAGAGAUGCUGCCCUAUAGAUGUUUGUUUGUCUUGUGUGGCUGUGUUGCUAUGGUCACCUGUCAGGGAAUAACCACAGUGUUCCUCUAUGAUAUUCCAAGAAGCACUGCAGUAGAUGGACCUACAAUUGACGCUACUUCCAGCCAAGAAUACGAAAGGAUUAUUCUCACCGAGUCUUCUCAAAUUGUUCAAAGCACUCCACCUCUACCUGCACCAUCAUCCCCUACAUCAGUGUACCCUCAGCAAGAUGAGACGUCUACAAAAACUUAUAUCACAGCCCCCUCCAUGUCUCAGUUUUUUACUACACAUUUUUCGUCUAUGGUCACACGCAGUUUAGAGACUUCAAGAACUGCAAGAGUCCCUUCAGCUACUACUGCAACUAAACAACUCGCCACACAAGUUUCACAAAGGUCAUCUCUUCCAAGCCUAAGAAGUACCAUCAUGAUAACUCUACUUCCGUCCCCAAGUACUACUACCACAAUUUCAAACAGCCCGAUUGUUGAAAUGGAGACGGAAUCUACUGCAAUAGUACACAAGGAAUCUACUACAAUACGAUCCCACAUCCGAAGUUCCUACAUCGUGGAAGCUUCUUCGAUCAAUGCGACCAUAGUUGGCACCGCAGUCCUGUCUACGGCUCCAUCUCACGACUCUACUAUUCACAUCGCCACCACACCCUCUCCGCUAAAGUUCGCGUCUCCCUUCAUCGAUGUAUACGAGACUCAACACCCUACAGACAAAGACGCGACAGAAGCGGCCCCGGAUGGUUACAGAGACCUGGGUUUCGCAGUCGCGUCCGUCGUGAUUGCAGUUGUGCUGCUAAUUUGUAGUGUGAUAGCAGUUUCGGUGGUGGGACUGGUGAUGCAGUGGAGAGACGUUAGCAGCAGGAGGGGAGCGAGAGGUCUCGACAAGAGAAGCGAUUCGUUCCGCUACACACAUAGUUAUUAGCUAGCUAGCUAGGAAUAUUUCCGUUGUUACAUUUGAG